GUGAAUCUCAAUAAUUAAUUUCGCCACAUUUUUCUGGGAAACUGUUCGGGACUUUUGGAAUUAUUGGGUAACAUAUAUACAACUCUCUCCAAAAAUCGUCAUAGUCCAAGCACAUAAUUGUCUAUCAUGUCUUGCAGUGAAAUCAUCUCACCUGUUGAUCCUACUCAUCACUACACGUCCCUCGUUUCAUACUGCAUCAAAUCCCAAAACCUCAAGCUUGGGAAGCUCCUGCACUCACACCUUAUCAAAACCGCCCUCACCCUUAACGUCUUCCUAACCAACCGUCUCAUAUACAUGUAUUCCAAAUGCAACUCCAUACAUUGUGCCCAGAGGGCUUUUGAUGAUCUUCCAAUCAAGAACACACACUCAUGGAAUACCAUCAUCUCGGCUUACUCUCAGAGGGGUCGUUUCGAAGCCGCUCACUCCCUGUUUGAUGUAAUGCCUGAACCGAACGCUGUCACCUAUAAUUCCUUGAUUUCUGGUCUAAGUCGUCAUGGGUUUUAUAAAGAAUCCAUAAAUGCGUUUAGAGGAAUGCAAAAACAAUGUAAUGAUUUUCUUAUGGACAAUGUCACGGCCAUUAGCGUAGUGGGCAGUUGUGCUUGCUUGGGUGCAUUAGAGCUGUUGCGCCAAGUUCAUGGAGUGGCAGAGGUGAUUGGUCUCAAGUUCAAUGUUGCACUUUGCAAUGCUAUCAUUUAUGCUUAUGGGGAAUGUGGCAAUCCAGACAGCUCAUUUUUUAUUUUCAAUCAGAUGGUAGAAAAGGAUGUUGUGUCGUGGACUUCCAUGGUUGUUGCUUAUUCCAGGGCAUCUAGAUUGGAAGAUGCUUCUUGGGUUUUUAAUCAAAUGCCAACCAAAAACACGGUUUCUUGGACUGCUUUGAUUACAGCGUUUGCACAAAAUGGGCGAGGUGAUGAGGUUCUAGAUCUUUUUGUGCAAAUGCAAGAAGAGAGCGUCCAGCCUAAUUCUUUCACAUUUGUUAGCGUUCUUGGUGCUUGUGCUGAUCUUGCAUUUCUACACAGAGGGAAACAACUUCACGCGCAUAUUAUUAGGAGUAAUGGUGCCAAUGACAAGUUUAAUGUUUUUCUGUUCAAUGCUUUAAUUGACAUGUACUGUAAGUGUGGAGACAUGAAAUCUGCUAGGAUAUUAUUUGAAGGGAUGCCUGAAAAGGACAUUGUUUCUUGGAACUCACUAAUUACUGGAUUGGCUCAAAAUGGGAAUGGGGAUGAAUCACUUGCUGUAUUCAAGAAGAUGUUAGAAGCAGGCAUAAAGCCUAAUCAUGUCACUUUUCUUGGGGUGUUAUCUGGUUGUAGUCACAAAGGUCUGGUGUAUGAGGGACUCCAAAUUUUGGAAUCAAUGGAAAAGGAUUAUUCUGUAAUCCCAAGGUCAGAUCACUAUGCUAUGUUGACCGAUUUGCUUGGAAGGAAAAACAUGCUCAAUGAAGCAAUGGAGUUGAUUAAGAGAGCUCCCAAUGGUUUCAAUCACAUUGGGUCAUUAGGUGCACUUUUAGGUGCUUGUAGGGUCCACGGCAAUUUGGAUCUUGCAAGUAGGGCAGGCAAAGCUUUGUGCAAGUUGGAACCUCGGAAUAGUGGGCGACAUGUUAUGCUAUCUAACAUAUACGCUGCUGCUGGAAAAUGGGAUGAUGCUCAAGAAGUGAGGUUACUGAUGGAGACGAAGGGUUUGACAAAAGAAGCAGCUUAUAGCUGGAUUGAGGUGAGGAAUAUGACACAUCAUUUUGUUGCUAAAGACAAGUCCUGUGAUGAGACGGAAGAAAUAUAUGAGUUACUUGAUAAACUAGCGGAUCAGAUGAAGGAUGAUGAUGGAUAUGCUCUCUUUAUGACAACUCAUUUGUUUCCUGAAGAUGAUGGAGCAUCCUGAUCUUGUUGAGCGAACAGUGUUCACACUUUUUAGUUUACUUGAAAAGUUUAGAGACUGUGUUCUUCAACGAGUAUUGUGUGCUGCGCUUAACAGGGGUCAACGACUUGUAUGUAUAUUGUACUGCAGUGCAGGAAUCAAGAUAUCUGUAAAUAAGCCAGAGUUUCUCCUCAACGGAAGAGGAAAACAAUAGGUGAAAUUCAACAAGAGCGAAGAUAAAUUUGAACAUCACAUGCCAAUAUUAGCGGCCAAAAUCUCAGCAGACUGCGGGAAGGAAAUCUCAAAAGCUUUCCUUUUUUGGCUGGUAAUUUAGCUUAUGGAUUUGAAAUGCAUUUUCAGUGGUACGAGAUGUGAAUGCACUGGUACAGUCUAGGAGCUUUUUCUACCUAGUCGAUAUGAAACCGUAUGUGAUGUUGACAUUAAACA